GGAGCCCAGGCUGUCUAUUUCCGCAGAAUUGAAAUGGGAGACCAACCAACAGGUCACGUGAGGCUGCGUGCCGCAGAUCCGCCCCGCCCUCCGCUUUGUGACGGAGGAUCACGUGUUAGACCUGCAGUGAGAGAUUUAUUGGAAGAAAAACCCCAACUGGAGGAAAACCACGACUGAUGACGAGGGAGCAGCAACAAGUGAACCAACCCGAGGACUGGGAGCAUCAAUCAGAGAGAACCCAACUGACUCGGAGAUUCCAGUGAUUCAGUCAGGAGAAAUUUUGGCUAAAAACAAGGAAUUUAUCUACGGGAAUCUCGAACACAAAAUGCCAAUUUUGCUGUCUCUGUCCAGAUAUUUAAGAAGUGGAGCAAGGGAUUCACUCGAUCAUCCUUCCUGCUCAGGCUGUGGGGAGGGAUUCACUUGGUCAUCUGACCGACUGGCAAAGCGGAAAUUUUACACGGGGAGAGGCCGUUCAUUUGCUCAGACUGUGAGAAUGGAUUCAGUGGGUCUUCUCAACUGAAUGUACAUCAGCAAGUUCACACUGGACAAGGCCAUUCACCUGUUCUGUGAGUGAGAAGGGAUUCAGUCGUCUUCCCACCUGUGGACACACCAGUCAGUUCACACUGGGCAGAGGCUGGUCAUCUGCUGAAUUUGUGGGGAAGGAUUCACUCGGUCAUCUGACUUCAUGGCUCACCAGCGAGUUCACACUGAGGAGAGGCCAUUCACCUGCUCGGAAUGUGGGAAGGGAUUCACCUACUCAUCCCAACUGAAGAUACAUCAGCGAAUUCAUACUGGAGAGAGGCCAUUCACCUGCUCAGACUGUGGGAAGGGAUUCACACAAUUAGCUGGCCUACAAGCACACCAGUCUGUUCACACUGGGGAGAGGCUGUUCACCUGCUCAGACUGUGGGAAGGGAUUCACUUCGUCAUCUCAACUGAAGGUACAUCAGCGAGUUCACACUGGGGAGAGGCCGUUCAACUGCUCAGACUGUGGAAAAGGAUUCACACAGUUAGCUAACCUACAAGCACACCAGUCAGUUCACAUCGGGGAGAGGCCGUUCUCUUGCUUAGACUGUGGGAAGGGAUUCAAUUCAUCAUCUAAACUGAAAGUACAUCAGUGAGUUCACACUGGGGAGA